AUGGCCCAGUCUACCUUUGUCCUUCCCGGCCCACCCGCCUCUGCGUCCCUACAUAACAACGCUGGCUCUAUCUCCCCCGACCAGCUUACCUUGUCUCAACCCGAAGGACAGGAAGCUACCCAAACUUCGCAUCAUCCCGAUGAUCCCAAAGGAAUCAUCACUAAUGUCCAGGGAAUUGUGCCCACCCUUCAAAACAUUGUUGCAACGGUCAAUCUCGAAUGUCGGCUUGAUCUCAAAACUAUUGCUCUUCAUGCUCGAAAUGCGGAAUAUAAUCCAAAGCGUUUUGCUGCCGUCAUCAUGCGUAUCCGAGAGCCCAAAACAACAGCCCUCAUCUUUGCCUCGGGGAAAAUGGUGGUCACAGGUGCUAAGUCUGAAGACGACUCAAGGCUUGCUGCCCGGAAGUAUGCUCGCAUAGUUCAGAAGCUUGGCUUCGAAGCCAAGUUCACCGAAUUCAAGAUCCAGAACAUUGUUGGAAGCUGCGACGUUCGCUUUCCAAUUAGGUUGGAAGGCCUAGCCUACAACCACGGGCACUUCUCAUCGUAUGAGCCCGAGCUCUUUCCUGGGCUUAUCUAUCGCAUGAAUAAGCAGAAGGUGGUUCUGCUGAUAUUCGUGUCUGGCAAGAUCGUCUGA